ACCAGCGUCCACGCAUGGAGCGCAUGUCAGUCUGUUCCACGUGGUUGCCGAAUAUAUAACCCCGCAACUGGCACUCAUCCAACACACCUGUGUUCCUCCCCGAAGACCUGUGAUCAGCAACCAGCAUUGGUCCUCUGUUUGCCUUUCGCCCUACACUCGCAGCCCACCACGUGGAAGAAUACUGUGUAGGCUCGGGCGCCUAACAGAAAAUGAAGUUAUUAGAUGUGAAAGCUGUUCUCGACAGGGAAAAGCACAUCCAACAGACGGAUCCCGAACGUGAGGUCCUGAAGGAGUGUGAUGACGAGACCACAAGUUAUGCGAUACUAUCACAUCGCUGGGGCGACGGCUCGGAGGUCGGUUACAAAGAGAUGACCGGACUCAUCAAGAUGGAGGAGCAGAAGAAGGACAAAGUCAGAAAGCGCGAUGGCUAUCAAAAGAUCAUCAAGAGCUGCGAGCAAGCUGAGAAGGACGGCUACGCGUGGGUGUGGAUCGACACCUGCUGCAUCAACAAGCAGAGUAGUUCAGAACUAUCCGAGGCCAUCAAUUCGAUGUAUCGGUGGUACCAAAAUGCAGGGGUGUGCUAUGCGUACCUCAACGACGUCGAUGAAUCAACCUUCCCUACUAAACGGGAUGUCGGCAAUUUUCCCGAGUCCAACGGUUGGCCGGAGUGGUUCGUGCGGGGGUGGACCCUGCAGGAGCUCGUCGCACCAAAGAAAGUCGAAUUCUUCAACAAGGACUGGGUAUCCAUUGGCAACAAGUGGCGCCUUGCACCCAGGUUGGAGGAAGUCACGGGAAUUCCAUGCGAAGUUUUGAAGGACGGCCUGGCUGCAGAGCGUCUCAGUGUCGCACAAAUCAUGUCCUGGGCGGCUGAGCGGGAGACGACGCGCGUGGAAGAUCGGGCAUACUCGCUGAUGGGGUUGUUCGGAGUGAACAUGCCCAUGUUGUACGGAGAAGGAAGAAAGGCAUUUGAGAGACUGCAACUGGAAAUCAUUCGCAUAUCCAGCGACCAAAGCAUAUUUGCAUGGAAUCCACAGAAACCAAGGUCGGGCAGUGUUCUGGCAGAGGAUCCAAGCGACUUUCGGGGUUGUAGAAAAAUCAAGAAGUUGGAACCCGAUGAGUUUGUCAAGGAACUGGUGGAGUACAUCGACCUCUACGACCUUGGCAAUCCCUGGCAUAUCUGGCUUAACUGGCACAAGAUCUCGACCAACCCGAUACACUGGUGCAGAGUUGCUUGGUUGAAGAGGCGUGCUCAGUCGCUCAGCCAGCAGCUUCACACAUUCUCUGUCAACAGUGCGGGUAUCCAAGUGUGUCUGCCCAUCACUCCCUCCCGCGACUCUCCGCUUCAUUUCAGGGCUAUAUUGGCAUGUACUGAAAACGAUGGAUGGGGUCUGGCCACCAUCGAUUUGGUAUUUUCUGGAUCCAGCUAUGACAAGAGCUUUGGCAUCACGGGCGCUCUCAAGACGCUUCCAGUGUUCAAGACACUCUACCUUACCCAUCAUCAAGACGCCAAUGAGACACGCCGAGAAUUUACACUCGAUGACAAGCAUGCCUUGUACCAUGGAUUCACCCGUCGGGGCGUCUAUCCACGCGACUUCAUAGGCGAUACUGCGACACUCUCCUCUCGCACCGACGAUCUCAUUGUUGUAGUCUAUGCCAACGACUGUGCCGGAUCUCGCUUUGCCCUUGGUCUCGGAUGUUACCGUGGCCAAGGAUGGAUGGAUGUCGUCUACGAUGAUCGCCUUUCAGCUCAAGGGGACUUUGGGAAGAGAGCAUAUGAUCGAAUGUGGAGUGGACGUGCAAAAUAUCAGAGUAUGGCCGAACAACGGCACCGGUUGGACUCCCGUGAACCCUUCAUCAAGCAUGUCCAUCUUCCCCGAUCAAUCUGGGCUGCAAAGAUAAUUUACAGGAGGUGGAAGGAGAAGGACAAUUUCAACGUUGUGCUCGAUGUCGAGCAGUGUGCUGGUUGUUGUGAUGGGCCGUGCCAAUGGUCGAUUGCAUUUAUCCAAUGGAGUAGCCUGGAUCGGCCAGGGAUUAUGAACACGCAUAGUUACUCAUAUGAGUUGCAGCUGGACGGGUGCGAGGCACAGUUCGAGAGGUGUUCUGGUCAAUGGGUUGCGCUGGGUGAUUAUGGUGACUAUUCCUGCCGCACUUUUACACGCACUGGCAAUAUAUUUGAGGAUAUGCGCACCCUUGGCAUCAAUCCCAUGGACUCAGUUUAUCGCCCCGUAGUCUCCCGCAUAUCUAGCGGUAAAUUUGCAACGAAUCACAGGAAGAAUUGGAAUGAUCUCGUUGUGGCGAAUAAUUCCUCGGAGCCCUUGGUCUUGUGUGAACCGAAGGGCCUCUCGCUUCCCGCCAACGAACAUUUUGCACUGCUACUGAAAGCCUUGUCCACCCGUGCUGCAGGCAAAACAUUGGUGAUAUCAGUCGUACAAUGCUCAGAUUUCUAUAGGGUUGACGAUGAUGGAAAACGAAUUGACGAUGACAAACGAAGGCACUCAGGGGACAACUGUGCCUCAGAUAAUGGGAACGACUCCACAGAGCCACGGAUUUUGACUCCACUAUGUGCCGUCGGAAGGCCGCAAGUUUGGGAAAAAAAAUCGCUUUGUUCGCAUAGAUGGCAACAGCUCGGAAUUAUUCGGGAGCACUUUUACGCUCUCGUGAAUAUGGUACCUUCUCUUAUCCCGUUUGGCGUUUGCCCGCGCUGAUCACACGAUCUUCACCAGGAAUUUACAGGACCUGAAGCCCGUCACAAAAUAGAAAGAUGAAAGAUGAAGCAAUCAAAUUUUUCUCAGACAUGUUUGGUCUCCAGCAUCUGAGAAAUUACGUUGGCAUAAUAACAUUCUUCGAAAGGCUCCCCUGGAUGAUGGAAACUGAUUCACCGAA